AUGGCUGUGAUCAACUCGCAAACCAGUGCGCUCAUCAAGAAUCUGCGGAAUAAGGGUUGGCAGACUCGAGCUAUAGCCGAACAUCUGGAGACGAUUGGAGUUAAAGCUUCUUUUGACACCAUCCGUCGUCACAGCCGCCAUGCUUUUGUGGAAAGGAAGAAACGCAAUCCAUAUAAACUCACGAGUCUGGUGAUGGAAAUGAUAGAUUCCAUCCUGAAAGCAGACGACGAAUUGCCGGCAAGGAAAGUGAGAUCGUUUCUCCAAAGCAGGCACAACAUCACCUUGAGUUUGCUUACGGUGAGAAAGGCAAUUCGUGAUCUAGGCUGGAAGUUUGGGAAGCCCAGAUUCGUGCCGAUGACCCGGGAAAAAAACAAAGUGGCGCGUCUGCUUCAAGCGCAAUCCUGGCUGGUUGCUGGAGAGUGCUUUAAUAAUGUUUUUUUCACUGACGAAUCAACGGUCACACUGGAGCGAUUUGCUCUGCAGUGCUGGAGGAAAAACAAUUUCACAGGCACAGCAAAGCCUAAAGUGAAACACCCAGUCAAGUUGCACGUCUGGGGCGGAAUUUCACGUUGUGGCCCGGGUCCGCUGGUCAUAUUUGAUGGCAUCAUGGAUCGCCACUUCUACGCGGAGGAGAUCAUCACAAAGCAGGCCGCUCCAUACCUGCGGGAUCAGUUCCCUAUGAGAACCCAUCGUUUCUUUCAGGACAAUGAUCCCAAACACACUCCAGUCAGUGUGAAAGCCUGCGUUGAGAGAGAGGGCAUCAACUGGGUGAAGACGCUGGCAGAGUCGCCGGAUUUAAACCCGAUCGAGCUGGUCUGGGCUGCAUUGAAACGGCACAUUUGCUGUGAGGCGAAACCCAAGAGCAGAGAAGAACUGAUCUGUGCUAUCGAGUCUUUCUGGAAAUAUGAACUCACCAAAGAGCUGUGCAACAAAUACAUAGAUCACUUGGACAGAGUAAUAAAGCGGUCAUUGCCUUAA